CUGUCACCACAUGAAGGAAGUCUCCACAGUGCUGUCACUCAGGAACCCUCGUGAGCCUCUCCUGACAGCCACCUGGCAUGCCCAACUGGAUGGGAGUCACAGCUGCUGGAAACAGGAUUUCUGGGGAUCUUUCUGUGCCCUCUCUGGACACUGUCCCGCCUGCCCAAGCACACCCCUACAUCCCAGAUUGUCCUGUGGGGCUUCCGCUGGCUGGUCUUCAGAAUCAUGCUUGGAGCGGGCCUCAUCAAGGUCCGUGGGGACAAGUGCUGGCUGGAUCUGACCUGCAUGGACUUCCACUAUGAGACUCAGCCCGUGCCCAACCCGAUGGCCUACUACCUGCACAGGUCACCAUGGUGGUUCCACCGCUUUGAGACACUCAGCAACCACUUCCUGGAGCUCCUUGUGCCUUUCUUCCUGUUCCUUGGACGGCGGAUGUGCAUUCUUCAUGGGGUGCUGCAGAUCCUUUUCCAGGUAAUCCUCAUCAUCAGUGGGAACCUGAGCUUCCUGAACUGGCUCACCAUCGUGCCCAGCCUUGCCUGCUUCGACGAUGCAGCUCUGGGAUUCCUGUUUCCCUCAGGACCUCAAGGCCUAAAGAAGCAAGUCCUGGAGAUGCAGAGGGAAGAUGCACAAAGGAUCCAGCCCAAGCCAAGAUACUUAGGUUGCUUGGUGCGGCAAGUGGUCAACAUCUCCCUGGGCAUCCUGGUGGCCUGGCUCAGUGUACCUGUGAUUAUCAACUUACUAAGCUCCAGGCAGGUCAUGAACACCUCCUUCAACCCGCUCAGGAUUGUCAACACCUACGGGGCCUUUGGAAGUAUCACCAAAGAGCGGACUGAGGUGAUCCUUCAGGGCACAGUGAGCCCCAACGCCAGCGCACCCGAUGCAGCGUGGGAAGACUAUGAGUUCAAGUGCAAACCGGGCGACCCCUGGAGGCAGCCAUGCCUCAUCUCGCCAUACCACUACCGCCUGGACUGGCUCAUGUGGUUCGCAGCUUUCCAGACCUAUGAGCAAAACGAAUGGAUCCUUCACCUGGCGGGUAAGCUCCUCGCUGGUGACACCGAGGCCCUGUCGCUACUUGCCGUCAACCCCUUUGAGGGCAGGACUCCCCCCAGGUGGAUCCGAGGAGAACACUACCGGUACAAGUUCAGCCUCCCUGGGGGCCAGCACGCCACCCAGGGCAAGUGGUGGAUCCGCAAACGAAUUGGUCCUUACUUCCCCCCACUCCGCCUUGAGGAUCUGAAGGAAUACUUUAAGGCUCGGGAGUGGCCACUACCAGAACCCCCAUCUAGACACACACGCUGAAAUAAAGACCAGAGACCAACUGCUUCUCUACCUGUACUGUGCUGCAGCCACGGGACCUGCAGUGACCAGGCAGCCCAUGGAUCCUGCCAAGAAGAGAUUUGAAAAAGGAUGUGCUUCCUAGCUGUCAGCCUCCUGUCUCUGUCUGUCCCUGUCACCUUGCUGACCCUUCCCUGGUGUGGAGAAGGGUCUCAGAUUCCCUACCCGGAGGCUGCUCCCCUGUAGCCCAACCACACAUUCAUAGUCAAUCCCGUGCCAGGUCUCUAUCACAAGUCCAGUGUGGCAGCACCAACUCAUUACCACCAUGUCCCUGAGGGAAAGGAGGCUUGCUGUCCUCGGCAUGAUCCCUCCCCAGGACCUCUUACACACCACCCAGGUACACACACAUAGAUACGUGAGCUCAUGAAUCCCUUGCACGCUCCAGUGAAGGAUAUAUGAAAAGUGUGGCUAGAAGCCCUGUCACCAACGUCUGGCCAUAUUCCAGUCUCACGUGGGUGACCUGUGGAGAACCAAGCAGAGCCAUGUCAGUGGGAACCUCGGCCAGCGGUGCUGACAGCUUCCCUUCACUGAGUGCACGGAGCUGCCCAGGCUUACCAGCUACAAGGACAGCAGGGACUCUAGGAAUACCUCCCCAUCCCCCUUCUUGCUAAGCAUGGUGUCUGGAACCCAUGUUGCCUGCCCCUGGGCCACACUGCAGAGGAUCCCAGAAAGGACAACAAAAAAGGUUCAGCUGAGGAGGCUGGUCGAGGGGGGCACAAGUGUGGUCUGUGCAGAGCACCCCCUCAGCCUGUCUGGGGAGGGACGGCCAACCCAGGUGCAAACAGAGAGCCCGUGUUCCAUCUCCCAAGGAAACAGGGCGCCCUGUGUGUGUCAGGGACAGACAGGCCUCAGAGCAAUGAGACUGGAGCCAGCAAGUCUGCCGUGACCGCCACAGGAGUGACUGGCAGCCCGCAGCCUGAGCGGCCCUUCCUGGGGGCGGCCUAGCCAUGCCCCGGGCGGUAGACGUGGGGGUGGGGCCCUCAGCAGGGAUGGCAGCUGCUUGGGUAUUCUGGUGACCUGGGAGAGUGGCACCUAGACCUCACCAUGAGCCCUCCAUGCCCUUGCCGGUGGCCAGGGCCACAGUCUCAGGGUUCAGUGGGAGAAACCUCAGGCCCCCAGAUGUAGACUUCUGGCACUGGUCCAGCCAUGUGCCCCCUUCUUCCCAAGGAUCCUGGGGAGGGGGCUGCUGGUUCAGCAGAGCUAAAAUCAGUGUUGGGGCCUAUGCAGGGGACAAGAGCUGUGGGAGGGAGCCAGGCCCUGGGGCAACCAGAAUCUACCAGGAUGCCUCUUGGAAGAGAGACAGACUGCAGACAGAGGACAGGUAAGAGAUGGUCCCCUGCUGGUUUCAGAAUGUCGCCUCCACCCAGAUGCCAUGCUGAGUCCUGUGCUGCGUCAUGUGUCCUGGAUUUGCUCACACAACAGUCAUGCUGACUGGCACAGAGGCUCACUGACUGACAUCCUUGUUGGUCCUUUUGGUACAGAUCUCCCUAUGUAGACCAGGCUGACUUCAAACCCAGCUGGGGUUAAAGGUGUGCACCACCA